AUGUCCAACUGUCCCAUGUCCAACUGCCCCAUGUCCAACUGUCCCAUGUCCAACUGCCCCAUGUCCAACUGCCCCAUGUCCAACUGUCCCAUGUCCAACUGUCCCAUGUCCAACUGUCCCCAUAAUCCCAACUGUCCCAUGUCCAGCUGUCCCAUGUCCAACUGCUGUCCAACUGUCCCAUGUGCCCCAUGUCCCAACUGUCCCAACUGUCCAUGUCCAUGUCAUGCCCCAUGUCCAACUGUCCCAUGUCCCAGUGCCCCAUGUCCAUGUCCCAUGUCCAACUGUCCCAUGUCCAACUGUCCCGUGUCCAAAUGUCCCAUGUCCAAAUCCCAUGUCCUGCCCCAUGCGUCCCAUGUCCAACUGUCCCAUGUCCAAUGCCCCAUGUCCAACUGUCCCAUCCCAUGUCCCAAGCUGUCCCAUGUCCAAAUGCCCCAUGUCCAACUGUCCCGUGUCCAACUGCUGUCCCAUGCCCCCAUGUCAACUGUCCCAUGUCCAAUACAUCAGGCCGAGUAUUGCAAAUAUGAAAACUAUAACCACAUUUAUGUUGCAUCGUAA